CACCUUGACAUGCGCAUUUCUACUUGAGGACCGCGGGGGGAGGUGGUGUGGGGGGGGUCAUUUCACCUCCUUGUUUCAGAAGAAUUAGUAGUAGUAGUAGGAGGAGGAGUAGUAGAAGAAGAGGAGGAUAAUUGUGCGGAACUUCUUUUUGGGGCAGAUGGUUGCACCAUGUCGAGGCGCAAGCAAGCCAAACCUCAGCACAUCAACUCGGACGAACCUUCUCCUGCCGCCGCUUCCUCCUCGUCCUCCUCCUCUUGCAGCCACAAUGAUGAGCCAGCUGAGGAGGCCGGGGGCGGCCAAGUGAAGAGGUUCCGAAUGGACCAGACCAAGGUCUGCGGCAAGUGCUGCGCCGAGUUCUUCGACGAGGCCCAGUUCGUGGAGCACGAAAAGACCUGCGCCAAGAACCAGCAGGUGCUCAUCAUGAAGGACGGCGACGGCAGCGAGGAAUAUUCCCAAGGCUCCCCCGCCAGCGACGACGACGACAGCCGCUCCAGCAACCUGUCGCUCGCCAACGGAGACCAGAUGGAGCGAGCCGAGGAGGACUCCAACAUGAUGGCAGAGGACCCGCGGGAGACCGAGACCAUCUUCCAGUCUUCUCCCGACACGCCGUCUCAGGACGCCAUGCAGGUCCUCCCCAUGAUCUUGGAGCAGUUGGUGUGCCUCCAGCAGCAGCAGCUACAGCAGAUCCAGAUCACGGAACAGAUCAGAAUCCAGGUGGCCAUGAUGACCCCGCAGGGUCUCCAGUCGUCCGUGGGGGCCGGCGCCGACCCCCUCAAGGCCCUCGGGGCUCAUCUCUCCCAGCAGCUGUCUGCCGCAGCAGCCUUGAUCGGGAAAAGGAGCGGGAGUCAAAGCCUGUCCGUGGAGGCGGUGAAGACGGCGGCGCUGCCGCUAGCCGCUAGCAUGUCGGCGUCUGUGCCCGGAGGCCUGAGCGCGACGGGCGGUCCGGAUCUGGCCGGCCGUUUGGCGGCCCUGCUGCCCGAGUCGUCGUCUUCGGCGGCAGCGGCGGCCUUCCCGGGCGCCUUCAGCGCCAUCCAAGCGGGGCCGGACUCCAAAAAGGCAAAGGGGAAGCUGCUGACUCUCCCGGGGGAGUCCAAGACCGGCGAGUCCAUGUACAAGCACAAGUGCAAGUACUGCGGCAAGACCUUCGGCAACGACAGCGCCCUGCAGAUCCACCUGCGCUCCCACACGGGGGAGCGGCCCUUCAAGUGCAACAUCUGCGGGAACCGCUUCACCACCAAAGGCAACCUGAAGGUGCACUUCCAGCGGCACAAGGACAAGUAUCCCAACAUCAGCAUGAACCCCCACCCCGUGCCGGAACACCUGGACAACAUUCCCACCAGCAGCGGGAUUCCCUUCGGGAUGUCCGUGCCCAUGGAGGAGCCCGGCGAGAUGAAGCCGGUGCUCGGCUUCCACUCCUUCAAGAGCACCUUUGAUGGCUUCGGAGGAGAGCCCUUUUCCCAGAGACCCUCGCCGUCAACAAGCGACGUCUUCAGCCAGGAGAGGAGGCUGGAUCACGGCCAGAAGGACGCCAAAGACCUCCUGGGACCGCCGCAUCACAUGAACGGGAGCGAGCAGAGCUCCGGAACGGCCAGGCUUCAGCAGAUGGUGGACGGCUUGGAGAAGAGGACCAACGACCCCAACGAGUGCGUCAUCUGCCACCGCAUCCUCAGCUGCCAGAGCUCGCUGAAGAUGCACUACCGCACGCACACCGGCGAGCGGCCGUACAAGUGCAAGAUCUGCGGCCGCGCCUUCUCCACCAAGGGCAACCUGAAGGCCCACUACGGCGUCCACCGCGCCAACACGCCUCUCAAAAUGCAGCACUCGUGCCCCAUCUGCCAGAAGAAGUUCACCAACGCCGUGGUCCUGCAGCAGCACAUCCGCAUGCACAUGGGCGGGCAAAUCCCCAACACCCCCGUGCCCGAAAACCCCUUCGAGGCGCAGCCGGAAGCCGUCCGCUCCUCCCUGCCGGAGGAGAGGUCGGCGGAGGUCAAGGGCGUUGACGCCAGCGUGGAAAACCCAGAAGCGGAUGUGAAGCCCAACGAGAACGCCGACGCCCUGCCGCCUGCCGCCGACGCGCCGGCCGCCGUGUUCUCCAGCCUGGACGUCUUGAAGAACCUCACCUCGGCUCUGGCGCUGAACCGCCAGAGCAGCGUUCAGUCGGAGAGCGAAGGAACGCCCACCGAGUCGCCGGCGGCUCCCAGAGAGCAGGAGAACGGCUGCAGCCCGGGGCUGUCGGACGCCGCCGCCUUCCAUUCGGCGUCCCCCGUCAACGACAACGGAGGCGGCCUCAACCCUCCCGAACCGGCUGGCGAGGAGUUUCCAAGGAACGGCUCCAAAGCCGAUCUGGACGCUCCGUCUCAAGACGCCGGCGAAUCCAGCGGCGCUCUCGACCUCACGGCGUCCAGCAGCUUCACCCCGAGAACCAUCAAAGAAGAACCCGGCCUGCCCUUCGCCAACGGAGAAUACGGCCCGAGCGGCAUAUCUUUCAUGAGGAUCUCCUCCGCUUUGGCGGGUCUGGAGAUGAAGAUGCCCCCAGAGAACGCCAUGGGCGGCCACGCUUUGUUCGGCUCUCCGAUGCCUCAGGGGGCGGCGCCGCCUUCACUGGUCUCGGCCACGCCUCGCCGCGCCGCCAAGCAGCACGUUUGUAACGUCUGCGGGAAGAACUUCUCCUCGGCCAGCGCCCUGCAGAUCCACGAGCGCACCCACACCGGGGAGAAGCCCUUCGCCUGCAACAUCUGCGGCAGGGCCUUCACCACCAAGGGCAACCUGAAGGUGCACAUCGGCACCCACAUGUGGAACAGCUCGUCCAGGCGGGGUCAGCGGCUCUCGCUGGACAGCCCCAUGCCGCUGAUGACCAUGGGCCCCGAGGCCAAGAUGGCGGCCCCGCCCAAAGACCUCCCCCAGGCGCCGCCCAUGAACUUCGACCCGUCCCUUUGGAACCAGUACGCGGCGGCGGCCUUCACCGGCGGCCUGACCAUGAAGACCAAUGAGAUCUCCGUCAUCCAGGGGGGCGGCAUCCCCCUGCCCGGGAGCCCCGGGGGCGGCGGCGCCCCGCUGAUUGGCUCCACCGGGGGCCUGGUGAAGAUGGACGGAUCGCACGCCGGCUCGGGCUCGCACGCCGGCGCCCACUCCAGCUCGCACUCGGGCUUGCCCCCCAGCGUGGCGGAAAUGGAGAAGAACGGCUCGGACGGCGUCCCCAAAUCUCAGUUCCCGCAUUUCAUGGAGGAGGGGAAGAUUGCGGUGAAUUAGCCGCCACCUGGACUUGUCUCCGACCCCCCAAAUGAGGUACAAUCAAUCUUCACCCAAAGACCGUUGGACCUGAUGGAACUACUGUAGGUCUUUCCAUCGCUUGGUCUUGUCUCCUCCAUUGGUUGGUCUCGUCUCCUCCAUUGGUUGGUCUCGUCUCCUCCAUUGGUUGGUCUCGUCUCCUCCAUUGGUUGGUCUCGUCUCCUCCAUUGGUUGGUCUCGUCUCCUCCAUUGGUUGGUCUCGUCUCCUCCAUUGGUUGGUCUCGUCUCCUCCAUUGGUUGGUCUCGUCUCCUCCAUUGGUUGGUCUCGUCUCCACAGGCUUGAAUGUAUCUCUUACUUGAAACCUCUUUCCUUUGUUCCUGUUUUUGAAGGUUGCCGUUAAAAGCUGGUGUCUUCAGGUCAGCGCUCAGGCCCCCCCCCCCCCCCCCCCCCCCAUGUUUUUAUUUUCUAGUGUAUGUUUGACAUUGAAGGGGCAGACGGGCCCGUCUAUAAUAAAGUAGCCAUUUGGUGCAGGUAGCCGGCGAGUGCCUGACUGGAAUGGUGUGAUGUCAGAUUGAAGGCUGGGUGAUCUUUGCGCCACGUCGCAUUGCUCGUGUGGCACACGUGCACGCGUGCCGCCUGUGGUUCCCUUGUGGGGUCCUUUUUUUUUUUUUUUUUUAAAUCUCCAGCCUGCACUUUAUUGAAGGUUUACGCUAACAUUGCAUCUGUCUUCAUCCUGUUUAACCGUCUUCAAGUUGUAGCAUCCUUAAUUUAUUUGUAAUCCACAAGGCUUGACAAGUUCAGGGGGUUAAAGUCUACCUCUUUGUGUGUGUGUGUGUGUGUGUGUGUGUGUGUGAGACUCAACAGUACAUUCUUUCUGCUGUGUUGAAAUGAAACGAAUGUAUCACUGGACACUUUACACGAGUCCUGAUGAGUCCCCCCCUGCUGUACAUUCCUUGGCCAUAUGCAUUUGCCACAUUGUGCCUUUUUGCCACCAAGAGAACCGUGUCCAAAACUGCUUUCAAUCCAAUGUUGAGCCGCUGCGGCUUGUUUACGGUGUACAUUGUUGCCUUUUCUUCUUCUAAUGUUUCCUUCAAUGAUAUUUGCUGGUUUUGAAAAAUAAAAUCAGGGUGACUUUUUUUUCCAACGUGGAUUUUACCAUUCUCUU